AUGAUCCCGCCUUUAUUAGAAUUUUUAAAUAUAAAGAUGAAUAAGAACUUAUUUGAUCAUUUGUCUAAAAAUUUGACAGAAAAUUAUGGUGAUUACUUAGCUUGUUUUUUAGAUACCUUGAAAAUUGCAAGUAGUUUUAUGAUUCAAGCGUUAAGCUCAAGCUUUAAUUUAGUUUACAUAAUAUCACUAAUGGUGAUUACUCCUGUAAUAUUUUUCCACGUAUUACGUGACUUACCUUUAAUUAUAGAAAAAGCUAAUAAUCUCAUUCCUAUUCCAUACAGGGAAAAAGUUGCAGAUUACUUUUCAAGGGUAGAUUUCAUCAUCUCCAAUUACCUUAAAGGACAGAUCAAUGUAUGUAUUGUCAUGAUGAUAUUCUACUCUAUAGGUCUAAGUAUUUUAGGGUUAAACCAUCCUAUUAUUAUAGGAAUUUUAUCGGGAGCAUUAACAUUUAUACCUUAUAUAGGAGCGUUAUUAUAUUCCACUAUUGGGUUUCUGAGUGCUGUCACUCAAUUUCAUGAAUGGUUUGAAAGCAUGGCCGUUUUAUUGCUAUUUUUAACUGGUCAAUUGAUAGACUCAAACAUACUGGGUCCUUUAUUAAUAGGAAAAAAAGUCCAUAUACAUCCAGCUGUUAUUGUUAUUGGUAUUACUAUAUGUGCUUCGUACUUUGGUUUUAUAGGAAUAUUACUCUUUAUUCCAAUAGUUGCAGUGUUUAGUGUAUCAAUGGAUCUUGCAAUUGAUAGAUAUCGUAAAAGUGAAUUUUACAAAAAAGGUUGA